GGAGGCAACCCCACCGCUUCCAUCGCCACCGGCCUUAAUCGAGAGUUCCAACCCGCCCCGUCCCCGUCCUCCCCCCCAACUCCCACAAUGACAGCUUCGCAGAGUUCAAUAGCGAGUGUGCCGUCGAGGUGCACAGCAGAGACGGCGCGGGGCACGGUUGCGUUCAAGAUCGCCGGCUACAGCCUGCACAAGGGCCUCGGUAUAGGCAAAUGGCUCCGUUCUCCGUCAUUCUCCAUCGGCGGCUACGAGUGGUGCAUCUACUACUACCCCGACGGAUACCAAGAAGAGAAUAGCACAGGUCACGUCUCCAUCCUCCUCAGGCUCUUGACCAAGAACGCCAAGGUGAGGGUGCUCCACAAGUUGAUGCUUGUGGAGCCGGUUAGUGGGCGGUCGAUUGUGGUGAACUCCUGCAAAACGCCUAAAGUGUUCGACGAUAAAAUGUCUUGGGCCGUACCAAAGUUCAUGAAGACGACCGCUGAAGUAGAGUCGGUGUACCUGCAGAACGAUUGUCUCCUGAUCGAGUGUGAACUCAGUGUUAUCAAGGAAACUGAGAUCCAUGUGCCGCCCUCUGACCUUUCGGAUAAUCUUGCAACCUUGCUAGAGGGGAAGAUAGGAGCAGAGGUGACUUUCAAGGUUCAAGGGGAGGUUUUUUCCGCUCAUAAGAUUUUGCUUGCAAUGCGAUCGGCGGUCUUCAACGCACAGUUCUAUGGGCCGAUGAGGGACAAGGGGGCACAUGACAUAACUAUUGAUGACAUGCAGUCUGCUGUUUUCAAGUCAUUUCUUCACUUCAUCUACACUGAUUCAAUGCCUUCCAUGGACGAUCUCGAGGAUGAUGACAAAAGAGAAAUGGUUAAACACUUACUGGUGGCUGCAGAUAAGUAUGCAAUGGGAAGGAUGAAGAUGAUAUGUGAAGGCAUGAUAUGCAAGAGUCUUGAUGUUGAGAAUGUGGCGACUCUAUUAGCUCUAGCUGACAAGCACAAUUGCAGAAAUCUCAAAGAUGCUUGCAUUGAAUUUAUGCUCUCUUCGAAUAGAAUGAAUGAUGUGAUUGCAAGCCAAGGGUAUGUACAACUCAAAAGAUCUUCGCCUGAUAUCAUUGUGGAUGUGUUGGAGAGAGCAGCUAAAUCCCGCAAAAUUUAGUACGCCAACCUGGUAUGAGCUACUGCUUAUCCUUCCGUUCCUGAUUGAUCUUUGGAGGCGAAUGCCUUAUGUUGGGUUGGAGAAGGCAAUUAAGUCUUGCUAAAUUUGUACUGUCCAUCCUGGGGUUAGCUUCUAUCUAGUUACUUUUGAUACAUAGUGACCUUAGAUGAGAUCUUUUGGAGUAAGCAGUUUGUUCUAUAAAAUGUAUGUCUACAAGUGUAUUGUUUGCCCUGUCUGAUAUAAGUAUAUAUGAAUCUAC